AUGGAGCGUGGAAACACCAAUUCCCUGCUUCACGAAGGGCUUCAAGAGGAUGAGGAAAAGUUGAAUGGUGUGAAGGCACAGAUGGCCUUGCCAGCUGGAGAGGAAAUAAGUGAAGGAGAGAGUGGACAGGGCCAGCCUGGGUCCGGAGCCACAGCCGCUAAAGCGGAAGGCAUAGAAUUGAAUGGAGACCUUCCCUCUGCUGCUGCCGCUGCUGCAGACCGCGCAGAUAAUUGUAACCAAGAGGACCAGGGCACCAGAGGCACUGGCCAGGAGAGUGAGAAGCAGCCAGUGAAGCCAGCCCCCAAGGACUUGGAGGGCUCAGGAAAUGUGAUGCAGGAGCCAGUGCCUAAGUCCAGGGUGCAACCUGUCUCAGUGCUGGGACGCCACUGUUGCUUCCACUGCAAGUUCGCUCCAUGGCAGUUGCGGGAGCUGGAGCGAAUUUUCAAGCGGAAUCAUUUCAUCAGUGCCUUAGAAAGAAAACAACUGGCCAGAUGGAUGGGUGUGACUCAAGCAGUAGUGAAGAGAUGGUUUCACAAAAGGAGACAGCAACACAGGAGAUGUAAGAAGCUUUAA